GACUCCAGUGUGUGUGUGAAUGUUUAGUAGGAAACAUGCAGCAGUAAACUAACAUAGCAGCGUACGUGUGAGUGAGUGAGUGUGUGAGUGAGUGAGUGAGUGUGUGUGUGUGUGUGUGUGUUUGUGUGUGUGUGUAUGUGUGGAAUUUUUUUUUCUCUUUUUAACCUUUUAGCACAAUAUGUAGUAAACAAACAAACAAACAAACACCAGGUUGAGUUUUUGGAUGUUGUGCGACCAUUCGGUCAGCUUGGAAAGAUGUUUGCUUUUGAGAGGUGAGAGAAGCCUGGAUCUUUUCGUAGGGGGCAGCAGGAACCACGCACGCCGGGGCUGAUGAGCAGGCCGUGCACGCAUGGCAACGCCGCACCGCCUUGUCUUGUCGGAGCGGGAUCUCCAACCACGCGUGCAAAUUAACAUCAAUUACCCGACCGGGUCAAGAGGGCUCCUCUCGAAGAACAUUCCAGAAGUAACAGGAGGCCAGAUGGAAGCGUGAGCAAAUCGUCUCCUGCCUACCGCGCGUGUAAAGAUGGACGCUGGUAGAGUUUCCACUCGCUGAAAUGGGCUUUCGCAAAGAUGUGUGUGGCCAUGGUGAUCAUUCACACUAAAACACUGGAAAAGAAGGGUGUCGAUGAUGUAACCCCCAAAGAGUCGACCUUGGACUCGCGUGAGCCGUCGACCAUGAGCCAGGGAACGGCCCUCUUCUCCUGUGGAAUCAUGGACUUGGUUAGCGUUGGCCAGCGUCCUGUGGGUUCGAGUCUGGAGAGUCUGUGGGACUCGGGUGCGAGCAGCGCCAGCUCCAUCAGUGGCCUUCUGCGGGACCUGAGCUUGAGCGAAGCACCUUCACCCAGCAAGCGCCAGUGCCGCUCUCGGUCCUGCUCCGACGAGCUGAGCUGGCGCUCCCCGUGGCGUCCGCAGGCCUCGCGGCUUUGGACGGCCGUGGAAAAACGCCGCUGCCACAGCGGAGGUGCCAUCGUGCCGUCGUCUUCGUCCUCUUCCAUCUUCUCCAGCAUGCAGCGGAGCUCCAGUUUCAGCUUCCCCACGCGCGCCGACCUUCCAGAGACGCCGUUUCCUCAAUCGUUCACAGCCGUGACUUUCGACCCGCCCCGCCCGCUCUGCUGUUCUCACGAGAGGAUUUGCCUGCCUGAGAUCGACGCCGCCCCGGAGCCCGGUUCUCCGGACUCCGCCUCCGAGGCGGGAGGACUUGCACGGAGCCAGUCGCAGCCUUGCGUACUGAACGACCAGAAAAUCGGGAUGAAGCGCCGCCGACCGGACGAACCGCACAAACAGAGGCCUUCGCUUGAUUUGGCUAAGAUGACCCAGAAACAGAAUUUCCAGAGCCUCAGCUGCCCUCGCUUUAACAGCGACGACUGGUGUCAAUCAAACCAGACCCCGCCCCCUUUCGGCAGCCCCGUUCACCAGAGCGAGAAAGCGUAUCCGUUCGGCCCUAAAGAAGACGACCCGGCGGUCAUCGACGAAUCGGACGGCGACUGGACCGGCGGGAAGGAGCGAGAGCCUCCGUGGGCGGAGCUGUGCGGGUUGAGGAGGGACGUGCUGGGCGGAGAACUCGACAUCGAGCAGAUCGAGAGAAACUGAGACUCGGAGAACGUCUUCACGUCCCCGGUUCUCGUGUUCCUCCACGUCCUGUAGCGAGUCGUGCUUUCCGGAAUGGGACUCAGGAGAAAUGGACGCUCACGAAUUUGUGGGACGUUAGGAUGACUCAGGUUGUAUCUCGGAAUAAAAAAAAAAAAAAAAAGCAGAGUGGAUUGUGGGAUAUCGGGGGUUCUGCGCGCGCUCUGUUGCAGAUAUUGUAGCUUCUUCUUCUUCUUCUUCUUCUGUAAAGGAACGAAACGAUGGCGUACGUUCUCAGAGUCCGACCUGCCUGUCUGUCUGUGCUGAAUGACGAGUGAACGGAGCCAAAAUAUAAAUCUAUAUUUUUAAGGAUGUAUUAGUUUUUGUUUGUUUGUUUGUUUGUUUGUUUUUCUGCUCCGUUCAUCUGAAAAAACACGGCAUCACGAAGAAGGACGGAAAGGAAAACGAGAAGGUUCUGAGAGACGACUGCCGUGAAACCGAGGACUUACUGUUGAACUUGCACUGGCAUUGAACACGCACACACCUCACACACACACACACACACACACACACACACACACACACAGUGAAAAGCUUGGAAAGGGUUUCAGGUUUUAAUAACGUCGGGCGAUAAUUUCAAGCUAAUAAGAGUUUAAUUCCUCUUUUUACGAAGUAUAACGUAAAAUGUACUUAUUUCUAUACGAAUAAACAUUUAAAGUGUGUUUGUAAA